GGGGGGAAAACCAAACCAAACAAGAUGAUGAGGUGGUUGCUUCUGCUAGCUUGUUUGACGUCGGUCUUUGGGGGUCGAGCAAGUUUCCAAGUCGCUAGUGAGAAAAGUGCCGUAAAUUCUAGCGGUAGUGGGGAUCAUUCGCAGGAACUCGGCGAAAUACUGAGGAAAUGUCGCAGGGAGAACCCAGACUCCUCCCUAAGGACACUGACGCAAUGCCUCAGGAAGCAUGGCGUUCUUUCNNAAUCACAAGCAGCAAAAUGCGGAAAAUCCUACAAGCUGAAGAAGGGAGCCAAGAAGACCUUCCGAAUCAAAGGAAAGGAGGACUUUUGCGAAGCUUAUUUUGAGCCAAAGGGAAAUGCAAAGCUGGAAUUGGUUUGCCAAAAGUUCGAUCUCUCGGAUUGCGAUAAAGAAUCCUUUACCGUUAUUGACCAAGACUCCACGGACAAAUAUUGCAAUAAAGGUCCUAGCAAGAGAAAGGGGAUGGACUACCUGUAUCUUACGUACACGAAAUCUGACGACGUCAAAGUGAACCCAAAUAUCUUGUGUACCGUCAAAGGCGUCAAAGCUUCCGGCGGAGGAGGGAGCAGUAGUGCAACACAGGCACCAGGAUGUAAAGACGUGUGUGGGAAGGCUUCAAAUAAUGCUGGGGCGUCAAAGAUUGUGGGCGGGGAAGCAUCGGAUCCCGGAGAAUACCCCUGGAUGGUUUAUCUGAAUGUCAUUGAUGGUUUGUUAGCCUACCUCUGCGGUGGGUCCAUCAUCACGUCAACUCACAUUAUAACGGCAGCCCACUGUGUCAAUUACGAUAGUCCGGAGAUAAUAGUGGUAGCAGGCGAGCACAAUGUAGAAAAAGAUGACGAAACUAUCACACAAACCAUUCCUGCUAAGAAAUUCACCAUACAUCCGAAGUUCAACCCAGAUACCAUGGUCAACGACAUAGCCAUAAUCACACUGAAAUCGUCUCUGAAAUGGACCAACAACGUCGGACCCAUUUGCCUGCCACCUGAUAAUACCUUCGAAAACAGGGAGGCAGUCAUAAUAGGAUGGGGGUUGUUAGACUACCCGGGGUCAUCGUUUCCGGAUGAAUUACAAGAAGCCGGAGUCACUGUGUUCGACCAUAAGAAGUGUAAGAGAAUUUAUGCUCUCUCGAACUUCCCCGUCACUAAUAAACAUAUUUGCGCUGCCGAUCCUGGAAAGGACUCUUGUAGGGGCGAUUCUGGGGGUCCCUUGAUGACGAAAGAAAACGGGGUAUGGGUGCUGCUUGGCCUGUCAAGUUUCAGCCCAUUGGAAUGUGCUACAGAAGGGGUCCCUGGCGUGUACACUCGCGUCACUUCCUACAGUAAAUGGAUACUCGGUAAGAUCUCCUCCGGAUCUUGUUAGUGCGGAUUGGAGAUGCAUCGUGACUUAGGAGACGAAAAUGUAAACCUCUUUUUGAUUUUCUUUUUGUCAGAUAAAAACAGGAAUGGAACUCGCUUCAGACAGAUUAUAUACCACUAUUUCUGUUGUUUUCUCACUUAUCACGGCCGAAUGCGAUACUAUUAUUAUCACUUUCGCUGGCUCAUUUUCUGCUGAAUCAUUUAGCUCAAAUCAUAAAGCCAUCAUUGAUAAUUACUAUAGUAAUGGCAAACAAAUUACAUUUUGAAACGAUUUGAAACGAUGAUAUGAAGAGUAUUCAACAUAAAAUUGGUAAAACUUUUUUUUUUUUAUUAUUAUUAACAAAGUACAAAAUAAUAGUUGCCUGUUUGUUUAGAUUUGUGAGUUAUCAGCUAAUAUACCUCUUAUUAGCUGACUGCCCGCUACAAAGGGGAAAAUUCCAAGUGUGACACUGCUUUUACAGGGAUUUGAGCAAAACAGGUUGUAAAUAUAAACUGAUUUUGCGUUUAAAAAACCACUGCCAUAAUGCCUCGAAUUUAUUUCAAUUUUACCUCUGCGUUCCAAAUAAGGAAGCCCAUUUUACCUGCUCUUCAACCCUAUCAUUUGUAAGAGCAUCUUGGCUU